AUAUCCCGAUUGCCGAAACUGCUCUAGUUUUCUUCUCGACUAAUAUUUUUCUCAAUUACAUCAAAACUGACAAUGCAACAGGGACAAGUGAAUUCUCGUGAGCUCGCCGACGCGCUCAACAACGUGAAAAUCAUCAACGAAGACGCGCCGACAAACAGCUUCAGAUUCUACAUUUUUAUCAGUUUUUUGGGGAUAAUUAUUGCUUAUCUGCUGGCCCUGUUCAAUCGAGAAUCCGUGUGCAAUUUGUUGAAGACUGACAAUAAUGAUUAUUUUUCGCAUAAAUGAUUUGAAUGUG